AUGCCUCGUCAACCGGUACACAAUGUUGUUGAAGAGAAGACUUCGGGAUACAUAACAAAAGAGAAGUUGGAAAUCUUCUUGCACGACAGGUUCCCUGAUGUCUCGCCUAUGGAUGAGUUUGCUAUCGUAGAAAAACGCAAGAAGUGGGAAUUCUACGCACCUGAGGAGGUACCCGAGACAGCCCUCCGCGCUUUGAAGAAGAAGAAUGUGUGA